GCCUCGCCUCGCCAUGGUGGAGCAGGGAGACGCGGCGCCGCUGCUGCGCUGGGCCGAGGGCCCCGCGGUCUCUGUGCCGCAGGACCCCGCGCUGCAGGCUGGAGGAUGGGUCCGGGGCGGCAGUGGGGGCGGCCGAAUGGCCGCGGAGGCGCCCCGAAGGCGGGAACCCGACGAGCCAGCUCCCCCCGAAGUGUUGCUGCAGCCCGGGCGCCUGGAGCUAGGCGACGUAGAGGAGGACCAGGUGGUGGCCGUGUUCGUGGUCACCUUCGAUCCUCGCUCCGGAAACAUGGUAGAAUGGUGCUUACCUCAAGAUAUUGACCUUGAAGGUGUCGAGUUCAAGUCUAUGGCCAGCGGGUCCCAUAAAGUUCAGUCUGAUUUCAUCUAUUUUCGGAAGGGCCCCUUCUUUGGCCUGGCCUGCUUUGCCAACAUGCCCGUGGAGAGCGAGCUGGAGCGUGGCGCUCGGAUGAAGUCCGUGGGCAUCCUCUCUCCGUCCUACACUCUACUCUACCGCUACAUGCACUUUCUGGAGAACCAGGUUCGACACCAGCUGGAGAUGCCGGGACAUUACUCUCAUCUGGCUGCAUUCUAUGAAGACAAGAAAGGGGUGCUCCAUGCUGGCCCCGGGAGGGGUGGCAGCUUGCCACCUGUCUACUGGUUGCCUUCCAUUCACCGCUACAUGUAUCCUGAGAUGAAGAUCACACACCCAGCUGGCUGCAUGUCUCAGUUUAUUAAGUUCUUUGGAGAACAGAUCCUCAUUCUUUGGAAGUUCGCCUUACUUCGAAAGCGCAUUCUGAUAUUUUCUCCCCCACCCGUGGGUGUCGUGUGCUAUAGAGUGUACUGUUGCUGUUGUCUGGCCAAUGUCUCCCUGCCUGGCAUUGGGGGCACCAUCCCUGAGUCCAAGCCUUUCUUCUAUGUGAACGUGGCUGACAUUGAGAGCUUGGAAGUUGAGGUGUCCUAUGUAGCCUGCACCACAGAGAAGAUAUUUGAGGAGAAGCGUGAGUUGUAUGAUGUCUAUGUGGAUAACCAGAAUGUAAAGACACACCAUGACCACCUGCAACCCCUGCUGAAGAUCAACAGUGCAGACAGGGAGAAGUACCGUCGGCUCAAUGAGCAGAGGCAGAUGCUUCUGUACUCCCAGGAAGUUGAAGGAGACUACAACCCUUGUGAAGAGGACCUCUUUGUGCUGUUUUUCCUAGAACAAAACAACCGGAUUUUUCAGACUCUGUUGGAGGUGUCAGCCAGCCAAGACAAAACUCUAACAGCGGAGCAUGCUCGAGGCAUGGGAUUAGAUCCCCAGGGAGACAGGAGCUUUCUCAUGGACCUGCUGGAGGCCUAUGGUAUUGACGUCAUGCUGGUCAUUGACAACCCCUGUUGUCCAUAGGAAGUGUAAUAGGACUGGUAGUGUGUGGUGACAGGAGUCUGGAGUGCACCCAGGCUCUCAGCGGCUUCAGUUUUAAUUAAGUUGACACAAAGGACUGUUUAUAUACUUUCCAACACAUGUAAUUUUUGCCAUUUUCUUUCUGUGCCUCAGCCCUGGGGCUGGGGUGAGACUGCCUAGGCUUUUGUAGCCUUUGGUUGGACAUGGGAAUCGACUGUCUUCCACUGCUGCUUCUUUGGGUUUAGUCUUAGGAGUUCUGUGAGUCAAACUCUGGGAUGAACUUUUCAGAAAACCUGUAUGUCUUUGUCCUUUGUUGCAUAUGAGAAUAAGAUAACCAUGUGUCCUUGUGUGGCCUUAGAUGUUCAUCUGCCUAAAAACAGAAACUAAUCAGAUGACCUUUCAAGGUCACUAAGUUCAAGGAGUCAACUUGGGGUCACCUAUUGGUCAGAGGGCAAUUCUGCACUUUCUCGGUUCGCUGGAGUAGAGGGACCAUGAAGAAGGAAAAAAAAAAUGUUUCUGAUAGAAUGUCAGGGAAAGAAUCCUUGAAAUCCUCCCAAGUAAGGGAAUGGAUGCUAUGAGUUAGAGCAUGCACCUCAACCCCCCUCCCCAAUGAUCCUCUUGGUCAAUGCUGAAGGGUGGUGCUGGGCCCUAAGCUUAGCAAAGUCAUCUGACAUUGAGUCUCUCUUAAACGCUGAAUAUCCUCUUGGACUAACAGGUUCAAAUAGGUAAGGAAAGAAAUCUCCAGUUUCUCGUAAGGGCUCUGUGGAGGGAUGGUGCGCAGCAGACACUUCUGAUGAAUUCUUGCAAUGUGGCCAGUGUCCACGGUGGUUGACUCAGGUUGCAAUGUGAUGUUAACAGAUCUCGUCACCAAUUUGAAACUCCCACAGACAUCUCUUAAGCAGAGACAACAUUCCUUAGGCUAAGCAAUUGGAUCUACAGACCUAAUGGAUUUGACAGGGAAACUAUAACAGUGCCUCCCAUCUAAGAGAAUAGCUGGAAAUCCCAGACUAACAACCAUGCCUGCUUCUUUUGGUCUGUGAUCGGACCACAGUCACUUUGUUCUUUGGGGCUGGGGAAUACUUAGGACUCAUGGACUCGGUGGAAGGGCAGUUGUUAACCAUAUUCAGAAAGCCAUGUGAAUAGCUAGCUAACCAGCCAUCAAACAUCCAUGUCUUGUACCUAAAAAGCAACCAGACUGAUGUCCACAGCAGAGAGGACUUCAAAAGGAGGGGCCAUGCCUCUUAACAUGGUUCUAGGUUCUUGAGGCUUAUUGCUUAGCUCAAGUAUUUUCACUGUAGUUCCUUGAUUUAAAAAAAAAAAAAAAAAUCCAAGAGUAGAGGUUAGUUCUGUGUGAAAAUGCAAAGAGACACUGAUGAGUCAGGGUAACAACAUCUUUUCUGUAAAUAUAUAAAUAGGCUUAGGCAUUGACAUAAACUGUUUCAGCUAAUUGAUUUUUCUCCUCUGCAAUGUGGCUUUAGCCAUCAUUCCAGUAACACAAUGUUUACAGAAAACACAGCUGUGCUCAGUGGCUGAAGUUUCUCCUGCUCUGUCCGUAGGGCUACCUUCUCUUGCCCCAGGGCUGAGCAGGGACCACCUGAUGCUGAUGGAACAACAGUUCCAUUGGGUUCUAAAGCUCAAAGUCAGGGAUGGAUAGCCAGAGAUAGGAGCAGGAGUAAAAGCAGGCUGCUGCUUCUGAGGGACUGGAAGACCCUCUUUAGAAGUCAGUUUCUUGAAGACCCCAUUUCUGAGAGCCUCCCUGGAGCCUUCUGUAUGCUAACACUGUUUCCUGUGCUGUUGAGGCAGCAAGCUGAGAAUUACUGAUGUAAAGGUAGCAAGGGUGCGACAGGCUGUCUUUUGUUAACUUGGGCCUUGUGGGUUCUUUUUGACUGAGCAGCUGUGUUAGGUCUUCGGCUCUGGGCUUGCUAACCACCAGAGCAGAACUUCUUGCUCAGUGUCUCCUUCAAUCCUUCCCUUCCUUGCCAGCUUCCUCAUAGGCCCAGAAUCUGACACGGGCAUCUGUGUGGCUGACAGUUUGUCAAGACCUCUUGUUCCCUUUGCCCUAUUUACCAGCUGCAGAGAAGUGAGAAGUGAGCCCAGUCCAUGUCACUAUGAAGUCAUACCAGACUGCUCCCCCAGUGGCAGUUAGCAGAUGCAAGCCUGCAUAAUAUGCUGAGUGUCCUAUAAAAGGAAGUAGUUUGUGUAGAACUAUAUAGGAAUCCCUCUACAGUGAUGGCAGAAGCUAGUAGCCACAGGAUGUGCUUGCCUGUCACUCUUGAAAUACUUUCUGAAAAGGUGAUAUCUGGAAGAAGUUAAUUCAUAUCCUUCAUAGCUUUCUGACCGUUAGCAGAAACUGGCAUUUUUUUUUUCUUACCACUGGCUCUAGGAAGAGGGCUAAAACCUUAGAUGUGGGUCCUGCUAUUCUGCUGGUGGCUCUCAACCCCUGCCUGAGCUGGCAGAGCCCUUCUGGGGAGCACUAAUCCCCAUCUGUACCAUGCUGGGAACCAUGUGCUAACCUGGAAGCACUUGCUGACUUGCAUUGCUGGCUAUUCAGUCAUUUUUAAGGUAGAAGACAUUUCCAAUGGCAACAAUCCUCAGAUUCCCUGAAACUGAGGUUUUGGGUUUGUGGACACUCAUGUUAAGUACAACACACUGAGUGUAACAAAAGCCCCUUAAAGUGGACGUGUUCAGUUUUGUCAGCAGAUGGUAACACUCAGCUAGUUGUUCCCUGGCUCAGGACUCUUUCCUCAGAAGCAGUAAAAAUAGCAGAGUUUAUCUCCUACCAGUCUGUAAAAGAAGGCCAAGUCAUUGCCUGGUAUUAGUGUUGGCUUUCAACAUGAAGCCUUCCCUAUGCUGGGCCUGGAUCCAGGCCAGUGUUGGUGUCCUACCUGGGGCCCAUAUGGUCCAGUCAGUUAGGAGUACAAUGUGACAGGAGGCAUCUGCCUCCCACACCUCCCACCCACUCUGGCUUCCGAAGAGAAGCUGGUCUCAUUGCUGGGAUAGAAGUUAGGAUAGGAACUUGAAACUGUAACUUACCUUGCUGGAGACUACGGAAAGGUCAGGGUGAUGAUACAGUAGUGCCAGAUGCUUCCUGGGAAGGCUCGCUUACACAAUUACCUAAUAUGUUUUAGCUAGAUGAUAAAGGUAAAUUAAACUGCAGCUAAUUGCUGUCUUCAUUAUGACGGCAGGGGGAUAGACCUCCUGUCUCGAGGCACUGAAAGCCUAUCGAUGCAGGAAAGGUAAGAUAGACUCAUCCUUCCAAUGAAGCUUUUGGGGAGACUUCUCUAAGGGUGGUAGUGAAUCAGCUGGUGGCAAAAGCUAGCCUCCGAGAGAUGCAGGGACUUGGGAACUGUCUUUUCCCUUAAACUGCACAACCAGAGAGUAGGUUGAGAUGUUUUCUCCAAGUCCAGUGUGAUAGUCCUUGAAGAAGUAAUACAGGGUGUAGGUGAAUAGAACUAUAAGAUAAUGCUGGGUCUCACAGUGAACAUGCCUUAUUAUGAGAAGAGCUUGAAAACUGACAGGAGCAUCCGUAGGAAGUCUUCCCCUAGACUUCCAGGCUACGAUUCUGAGAGCUGCCUAGCAUCCCAUCUCUCCCUCAUAGCCCAUAGUUCUCCCCAUGGUGAGGCUCCUGAAGGCCCAUAGGCUUACCUCAGCAGGCCCCAUUUCAUCCCUUUUCAGUCAGGGAGGGGAAGGGGAGAAGUCAUGGGCUUUGAUCAUUCCACUUUAUUGCUAAUAUACCUCCGUUCCCAGGAGCUACUGAAGUACUCAGUGUUGUAGGGAAGGGGAAAAGAUGGUGAAUUAGGAUAAUGCUUUUCCUAUGAGAAACGGAAGUUUAUUUUUAUACCAGUGUUACUGAGUAGUGCAUUAAGUACAGAAAUGUUGAAAUGGAAAGGAAUUGCAAAGUUAUCCUCUAAAAAGCAACGGGCAGCUUUGUAGUCUAAUGGCAGCGGAGGUCCUUAGCCGUGUCACUGUCCAUGGCAGUGUUUUGAAGCCUGAGCACACACUCUGCUGUGUUAUUCCAGCAGCUUUACAGGAGAUAAAGUCAACUGGCCUGGCAAGGAUGAGGGACAGUGACCUUGGGCAAAGCUGUGGAACAGAAGAGCGUAAAUAGCCUUUCAGUGACUAUCCCUUCUUGGUCAAGGGAGAGAGUGAGGAGGUAGUCUACUACCUGGCACUUUAAUUCAUUUUAGUCCUGGAAGUUGUGUAAUGCUGUAAAUUUGGAAAAGGAAUAGGACUUUUCUGGUGCUAUGUGGAGGAACGAAGGUGGGAUAAAUAAAACUCCUUUUAGAGCUUAUUCUGGAAUGUCAGCAUGGCGCUGGCUCUCAGAACCAUGGUGACUUAAAUCCUGACAGGUUUACAGCAGAGGAUUUGUUUGCAUUUGCAGCAGGUGCCUGUUUUGUCUGCUGAGUUUACUUUGCUUCCUAAUGAUCCUGGGGCUCACUGGGGCAGGGCAGGGUUUUAUAAACUGUGCAUAGAUGGAACUGCAAAGUGAAAAGCCCAUACAGAGCAAAUAUAUAUAUAUAUUUGACAUUGUAUCUGGGCAAAUUAAGCAAAGAUAUAUAAAAAAGUCAGGCAAACCCAAAAUUCAUUUUCCUUGCCCAUCAGAAAUGCCUUCAGCCAUGAGAAAUGGAGGAUUCUGUCCUUCUGAACUGUCUGCAUAACUGGCUGCCAGGCUUUGGGACAGGGGGAAACAAAACCAACUUCAUUUGCCCAAAACUUGGAUAAAUUUUUGUGUAAGUCUGGAAUAUAAUCCUUCCUGAAAAAGAAAUCGUGGUAAACAAGAAAAUAUGUUUUCCUAGUUUUUUUUUUUUUUUAAACAUAGUGUCCCUGUUGCCUUAAGUGUAAAAACCUAUUUUGAGUAAUAACCCCAGCCUAAGAGUUAUAGCAAUAAAAGGACCAGAAUCUAUUUUUGUUUCAAGUCUUUACCUCAUAUGACAAAGUCAGAAGGAUAAUUGGUAAGUUUUGCCCUGGGUACUACUGCAAACCGAUGUAUCCUUUCUCUGUGUCUUCAAUGGAGUAUUAUUUACAGACCUGAAGGAAGCUGGGCUUAACCCCAAGGCUAAGUGUAAAUGUUUCUUGAAUUGAUUCUUUCUGUGGUACAAGUUAACACCUGUGUAUAUCAUAUCUGUAUAUAUCUGAACCAAGUUAUGUGCAGAGGUUGAUAAUAACUAUAUUUACAAAAACAAAUUUUUACAAUUAAAGUUCACAUUUUAACAUGA